AGACCAUCCUGCGCUCUCAGCUUUACUUCUCAAGUCAAGUGUGUAUCUUUCGUUUCCUUAUGGUAGCUGAGAUAAAUCCUAUCACCAUAGUAACGUGUCACCAAUGAUUCGGCGACAUCCUGUAGGAGAGAAGAGAAAGUUUUGUAAAAGUUGAAUAAGGCUGCGUUGGUGCGGACUGAGGAGCAGCGCGCAAGUGAGACCUGCGGUAGCUACUUAAACUGAUCAGUCCACAUGGACAGACACAGUGCAGCAAGACGUUCCCAGUCACAUUUACUGUAUUUGUGAAUAGAAUGAACGGGUGAGGACUGUCUGUACUAAAUUUCUAAAAUGUUCAUACCUGUGCGAGUUUUAAGGAAGUUUGGAUGAAGAUGAAGAACAGCGCACUAAAGAUCUUCGCCAGGGAGGAAACCCACAGAGCUUCCUAAACAACUACUGCACAUUUAAUAUUUUAGCGGUAUUUAAGUGGACAGAUACGCAACUGUGCAAAAUGCUUACAGCGCGUAGAAGUUUAUGGGUACUUUUACCUGUGCUGCUGCUGGCUGUUUGGAUAGAACGAGCGAUCAGCUUCCCGGUGAGGCAUCACAAGACAUCCAGACACAGCGACUCGACAGAGAACCGAGUCCAGAAUGAUUUGGCAGACCUACGUCCCCACCAACACAGAUGGCUCCAGCAUCGCUCAACAAGUGUCCUACCACAGCCUGAGCCUGAGGAGGAAUCAAAACCUUUUGUCCUAGACCUCAAAAACUUUCCAGACCUGGCAAAUGCUGACAUUGGCUCCCAAAACCCAAACAUUCAGGUGACCAUCGAGGUAUUGGAUGACCCCCCCAUGGAGGUUGACAUGGACCUGGUUAAGGAAUGGAGCAAUGACUGGCCCACAUCUUCUCCCUCCUCUACUGUAGAAUGGCUGGGUGGAAAAAAGCUUUUCUGGCCUUUAUUUUGGGGUUACACAGAUGUAGAUUCAGGCGAGGAUGGUACUGGCCAAGCAGUGGAGGAAGAGGAUGAUUAUGUCCUGGAGUAUGACAGUGGGGAGCCCCUUCCUAGUGGGCUGGACAAAACAGGUGGCAAUUGGGAAAGCCCAUGGACUCAUGGCCAUUAUGGAGAGAAAGAGGAAGAAUGGGGUGCAUGGAGUCCCUGUAGUGUCACUUGUGGCCAUGGCAACCAGACCCGUUCACGUUCAUGUGGAGAUUUCUGCAUCUCUACCGAAUCACGAAGCUGUGACCUCGUACCGUGCCCAGAUGAUUGGAACAGUGUGGCUCACAUCUUUCCAUUUGAGAUGGAAAAUGGUACAGAACCCUUUGGCACUGAUGUUGACAGCUGUGAGAAGUGGCUGAAUUGUAAGAGUGAGUUUCUCCAGCGUUACCUGCAGCAGGUUUUGACUGAAUUACCAAGCUGUCCGUGCACCUAUCCUUCAGAAGCCUCCAACAAUAUAGUCAGUCUGCUGGAUGCGGGACGUGACCGGACCUUCCAAUGGAGGGAUGCUAGUGGCCCAAAAGAACGGCUGGACAUCUACAAGCCGUCUGCACACUCUUGCUUACGUUCUGGCCUCUCAAGAGACGGCACCACCCUGGCUGCCCAACAUUGUUGCUAUGAUGACAACAAUCAUCUAAUUACAAGGGGCAAGGGGGCAGGCACCCCCAACCUAAUAAGCACAGAGUUCUCUCCAGAGCUUCAUUUUAAGGUGGAUGUAAUGCCCUGGAUACUGUGUAAAGGAGACUGGAGCAGGUUUCACGCUGUUCGCCCACCCAAUAAUGGUCUGCACUGCACAGAGAACCCCCAACAGGACAUUUUCAUGAAUGAAUUGGAGGAGGCCAGAGAAUAUUAAGUCACCAAAUUACGGUUCCUUCUCUGACACACCAUCCUGCUGUGGUGCUUAACCCAACACAAAAAAUACCCGCUAGCCGCAUAAGUGUGCAGUAUAGAGCCUGUCGCAAAUGUGUUCGCAAAGCAUGGCCUCUGCCUUUGAAAUAUUGUGGAAAAUUUAAGAAAUGGUUAAAAAUGGGUUAUAAUCUAUAUGUUGAUAAUCUCUCUUUUGAUAUGUGAAUCUUGUAACGUUUGUACUUGUGUAAAUGACCAAUACAGCCUUUUGUUGUUGUUGUUGCUACUGCUGCAGUCACAUACAGUGGGAUACAAAGGACUGACACCACAAACUGUAAAUUGUCAGCAGUAUCCGAAUGAAAAGUUGUAUUAAAAAUGUACAUGUAUUUCAGUCAUGAAUGCCUCUCUUUUGCUUGACAGACAGCAAAACUGGAUCUAACAUAAGUUCCACAUUCAUUCAAAACCUGAUGAUCAUGUUAUCCAGCAUGAUUUGAGAAUGUUCCAAAGAGCAUCUUAUGUGCUUCAGUGACCCUUUUUGCCCACAUGGUCAAUGUAAUUAACUUAUUUGAUCUUUUUUUCCCUCUUAUUAAUUUUAAUUAAUCCUCAAAAUAUUUUUUAUUUGUUUUAACAUUAAUAUUUAAAGCUAAUAGAUUUUCUAGCCCAUAUAUUUAGUGUGGUAUCAGACCUUUGGGCCCAACUGUAUUAUUUUAAUAUUAGUGCCGUCCAAUGUAAAAUCUGGGUCCUGAAGCAAAAUGAGUCUAACAGGGAUGUUUAAGAGUCAAUGGGCACACUUUCACUGCAAACUCAGGGGAAACCUUUCCAUAACAAUUUUCAUUACUUCUUUAACAGUGUCAGAAUUUCAGAAAGGGAAUGAGCUGACAGACGUAAAGAGAAUAUUAUAAUGUGUAUAUUGUUGAAACGUGAUACUUUAUAUAAUGCUUAUAUAAUGCUUAUCAAAUGUGCGUUUGCUGUGUUAUUUUUGCUGUUGCUUUUCAUGUGUUGCAGGGGAACUACUUAAUAUUGCUCCAGACCUCUAAUUUGACAUAUUGCUCUUAAGAAUAUUCAGACUGUGUAUGCACAUGCUACGGCUGGCACUUUAUGUAACAUUUAUUGAUAUGUGUAUUUGCAUGAUUAAGCAUUGUUAUCCAUGUUCCUGGUGUUUGUGUUGCUUCCUGUGGUCAUUGUUACAUUAAUGGCAAGAACAGUAUUUCUGUGUUGGCAUGUGUUGUACAGUAUUUAUUGUAUUUUUAUCGCACAUUUGCUGAUGCUUUGAAAUGAUCAUCCAUUCACAUGGUGCACUACCAGAGUCCUCCAGGACACACACUGACGUAAAAAGGGAAAUCAUGUUCUCAAACACCUCUUUAACGACAAAACAAGUUCGCUGUUU